AUGAACAAACAGUGCGUGCGUAUGAUUGUGGACAGUGCGAUCAUCGUGUGGUUUCAAAAUCGACGGGCAAAGUUUCGUAAGCAAGAACGUUUGGCGCAGCAGAAAGCUGGUGAAACACCAGUGAAGGCUGAAGGCAAAAGAGACAAGCAAGGGUCACCAGCGUCAUCGCCACACCCUCCUCCGCCUUCUCAAACCACACACCAUUCUUUGCCUCACCUCUCACCACCAGAUCUGAAACCAAUUACUUCUGGAAAUAAACUCUGCGACGAGCUUAACGGCGUGGGCGGCCCAGAACCUCCAGUGAGCGGCGUGGGUAACAGCAAGUGGACAGGCGGCUGCGGCCUCCUUCGCCAGCCUUCAGGUUUCCCGCUACUAGGCGUCGCACCCCCCAACUAUCUACUCUCAGACCACCUCGGGACAUUGGCCAAAUCCAACAACCAUCUUUUCUAA